AUGGUGCCAUUGCUGGCGUCACUGCCACCACCGUGUCUACCAUCCUACUGUCAACAUUUACCACUCUGCUCGCCGCUAUCUGCUAACGGUAUUCCUAACCUGACGCCCUGCGAUGCUGAAGCGCGACGUAGGGGGGAGAAAAGACCUAUCCCCUCUGAGAUGAAAGACGAGAAAUAUUUCGAGAGGCGGAGGCGGAACAAUCAGGCUGCCAAGAAAUCCAGAGACGCGCGGAGGAUGAGAGAAGAUCAGAUUGCAUGGCGUGCCUGCCUCCUCGAGCAAGAAAACGCAUCGCUUCGAGCGCACAUCAACGUACUGCGACAAGAAACACUAGCGUUGCGUGCUUUAUUGGCCAGAGACGAAGUUCCAGCGCCUACGUCGACCACCGCUGAUUGAGCGGUUGUAGGAGUAUUUUUUUAAUGAUUA